AUGAAUAUGACACCAAUGAAGACAUCACUCGUCACCACAGAUGACGGCGAAGACGAAGACAUACAACAGCGGCGGUUCUGCGCGAAGAACUCAAUGGACAGAUUCGGUGAUGAUUUGUGUGGACACAUACUGUCGUACCUCUCACUCGAAGAUCGGUUUGACUGCGAAUGUGUGUCCAAACAGUUCCAGAGGACUAUCUUCGAGAGUGUUGUGGACAUCACUCUUCACGACCCGUAUGUGAAGAGAUCGCGGACUGACAUCAAUGACAUGCAAAUGUUGGCCACAAUCGGCCGCAAGUGUCCACACAUUCACACCAUUGACUGCAGAGGAAUAAGCAAAAGAAAUCAGAAGCAGUUGCGGAAAGUGUUGGCCAUAUUUCGGGACAAUUUGCGACACAUUUACUGCAAUUUAAACAGAAAUACCGAUAAAUUGUGGCCAAAGUUCGGACCACUGGUCACAAGAAUCGGCAGAAUUUCGUUAAAUACGAGACAAUCACUCACUCAUUGCCACCGAUUGUCUCGACUACGGGUCCACACGUUAUGCGAUGUCUUUGGCGACACUUUUAAGGAGCUAUUAGUGAAGAAUUUGAAGAGAAUUGAGUUUUCACACAAUAUAUCCGAUACUAACGAACUGUUGUCGGCAUUUGUGGCCCAGAAUCAGACCCUAAGAAGUGUUACAAUCAUUGAUCAUAAAUACGAACCUCACGAGAGUUGGACCGAAAUGGGCGAAGAGUUGUCACGAUUACCACAAUUACGUGAUUUGACACUCGAUGUGAAGCUAAUUGACGGUCAGAACUCACUGAACGAGUCUUUGCGAGCAAUUGGUCUGAAGUGUCGGCAAUUGAAACGAUUCUCAUUGACUUUAGGCGUUCACUUCCGUCGACUAAAUAAUCAAUCAUUGGAUUCGUUGCGAUUUUAUUGCAGAUUAAAGCGUUUGGAUUUAACCAUUACUGCGGCCAUCGAUGAC